AUGACUACUUACUUUAUCGACUUUAUUAACGAGGUUCCAGAUGAUACUUUAACUUUUGGUGUUUAUCAAACAUUCCCAAAUACACCCGGUAUCGACUCUGUCGCUUGGUUGAGAGCUGAUGUCCCCGAAAAGGGCAUAGCUGGUGUAAAAUUUAACGAAACUUAUUGUGUCGUAAACGCAGACUAUUUCGACGAUAAUGAAAAAGGGAGAUACAAGGCUAGCCAAACUUUCGAUACUAAACUUGGAACAGCUUGGGAAUUAAUCGAGAAGGAUGGGGUCGCACAAUUCGACAAACGGGUUAGUUCUUCGAACGCUGAUAAUUUAAUUGUUAUUAGGAACUCUUCAAAAACCACCGCCUCUUUGGGAAUUGGUUUGUCCGGAAAGCUAUCUGCUAUCAAGAGAAAAGUAUAUGUUGAUUCCGUCGCAGCUUUCAAAGUUACUCCAACCUUUUAUGUUGGUGUUUUCACUGAUCUUGAAAUCGGCGAAAUUAUCACCGAUGACGUCAUUCUUGCCAAUACAAAAAUUGUGUUCGACGGGGAUAAUGUCGCAACAAUUCGAGCAUACCUUACAGGACACGUGUUCAACCUUGACGUGACUUAUAGCAAUCGCGCAUCUUCAAGCUUAUAA